AUACACUGAGAGGAAAGCUGCCAAAGACAGGAAUCAUGUGACCAUCACGUGACCCAGCAUUCGGGCCCUGCAUAGUGAGGUGGCUCAGGCUAUCAAACAUUGAACGACAAAGGGAUUCCCGGCGCUGAUUGGAGCGAAAAUCAAUGACGCAAUGACGUUGCCGGGUUCCGCUCUCCCGCGGAAGGACAGAUGAUGAUUACCCAUUCAGACUUCACUUUCAACUCGUUCGGACAUCGCUGAAAAAUAAAAGUAGCUACCAAUUCCACUGGCACCACAAGCCGGCUUUUGCUGUCAGAUGAUUGGAGUAGAUUUCUGGGAUUAUGUUGACACUGUAGAAAAGGCAUCAGAAAUGACGGGCAUAGACUCGGCGCCUCUAAGUGGAGUAAAUUGGAUGUCUGUAGACGAUCGCGGGUAUUAAAGAAAUACACCUUGCCGCCGGUGACAAGAGCAAGGUGAAGUUUUUUCCUUUUUAAUUAUGUCGUUAAGUUGAUAGGCGAUUGCAUUGGUGGUUUAAAAACACUGCUGUUGAACAUUAAUGACUGAGUUAACACGGAUGAUUGAAAAGUAAGGAUAGCCUACGACGAAGAAAAAUUUGAAGUCAAUCCAAACAAAACAAGCAAUCUAUUCACUGUAGACUUUGAAAUGACUUGAUCAACGUGCCUUUUCCGUUUAUGCAUGUCAUCUCGUUCAUUAUUUUACAAACGAAUCAUGGAACAUUUGAGGUGAUCACUUUGGCAACGCCACCCAGAUAUCCCUGAUCCCAAACCACACGAAGUUCAUCUCAAAAGGUCACAUCGCCUAUUUUGGAUAUCAUUAUUGGAUCGCUGACUCCAGAGUAGUGGCCUUUGUGCUAUGAACUCACAGACCGCAGCAUUUGCGCCCAGCCCGCACUGACACUUCAAGUGUCUUGGCACGAAACUCGUGAAACACCUUGCUACUACAUCGGAGAACCGUUUGUUGGCGGCAGGAAUGUUCGCGGCGGUCGAGCAUGGCCCCGUGCUCUGCAGCGACUCGAACAUCCUCUGCUUGUCCUGGAAAGGGCGCGUGCCGAAGAGCGAGAAGGAGAAGCCGGUGUGUCGGAAGCGCUACUAUGAGGAGGGCUGGCUCGCGACGGGGAAUGGCCGGGGUGUUGUAGGAGUGACGUUCACUUCAAGCCACUGCAGAAGGGACCGGACGACACCUCAGAGAAUAAACUUCAAUUUGAGAGGACACAACAGUGAGGUGGUUUUAGUCCGCUGGAACGAGCCCUUCCAGAAGUUGGCCACCUGCGACACUGAUGGAGGCAUCUUCGUGUGGAUCCAGUAUGAAGGCCGCUGGUCUGUGGAGCUAGUCAACGACCGUGGAGCUCAGGUCAGCGACUUCACGUGGUCACAUGAUGGCACACAGGCGCUCAUCUCCUACCGCGACGGCUUCGUGCUGGUGGGCUCUGUCAGCGGUCAGAGACACUGGUCGUCCGAGAUCAACUUGGAGAGUCAGAUCACCUGUGGCAUCUGGACCCCUGAUGACCAGCAGGUGCUGUUUGGCACAGCUGAUGGUCAGGUGAUCGUGAUGGACUGCCACGGCCGCAUGCUGGCCCACAUCCUGCUCCACGAAUCAGACGGCAUCGUGAGCAUGGCCUGGAACUACCCCAACUUCCUGGUGGAGGAUAGCAGCGAGAGCGACACCGAUUCAGAUGACCAUGCUCCCCCACAGGUGCACAGCCUGCGGCCGCUGCUAACAGUCUGCUUCACCUCGGGAGACAUCAACCUGAUGAAUAACUAUGACGACCUCUCCCCCAUACACAUCCGCUCAGGGCUAAAAGAUGUCGUGGUACAGUGGUGCUCUCAAGGUGACCUGCUGGCUGUGGCUGGGAUGGAGAGACACGUAGUGUCUUCUGACCCCGCCUGCGCUCCCUCGGCAAGGAACGCCACCGUAAAAUUCUACAACGUCCGCGGGGAGCACGUCUACACCCUGGACACACCUGCACAGCGCCCCAUCACCACGCUGUGCUGGGGCCACCGUGACUCGCGCCUGUUCCUGGCGUGUGGGCCGGCGCUGUACGUGGUGCGUGUGGAGCACCGUGUGGCCAGCCUGCAGCUGCUGUGCCAGCAGGGCAUCGCCAGCGCCGUGCGUGAGGAGAAGGACGUGGCCAAGCUCACCAUGCCCUCCCGCCUCGGAACCUACGUCACCACCGCCUUUGCACCCACCAUCAAGCCCCCCAUUCCCGAUCCCAACAACAUGCGGGACUUUGUCAGCUACCCCACGUCCGGGAACGAGCGCCUGCACUGCACCAUGAAGCGCACGGAGGACAACCCCGAGGUGGGGGGACCCUGCUACACCCUCUACCUGGAGUAUCUAGGCGGCCUCGUGCCCAUCCUCAAGGGCCGCAGGAUCAGCAAGCUCCGUCCGGAAUUCGUCAUCAUGGACCCCAAGACCGAUGGGAAGACCGGUGGGUGUUGUGUGGAACAUGGGUGCAAGAGAGAUGAAGUCUAUGGAAACACUUUGAUCUCCUCCAUGAUUGACAGCUGCAACUGUUCCGACUCCAGUGACAUUGAGCUUAGUGAUGACUGGGUGGGCAAGAAAUCACCAAAGAUAUCCAGGGGAAGCAAGUCACCCAAACUACCGCGAGACUUAGUGUGUCCCUUUACCAACAGGAUCAAUAUAGAUCCCCGAAAGUCCCCAAAGCUCUCCCGUGCCACACAGGAAAUAUCACGAUCACCACGGUUACCAAUCCGGAAACCCUCCAUUGGUUCUCCGAGCCUGACCCGCAGAGAGUUUCCACUUGAUGACAUCACACAGCAUAAUUACCUUGCUCAGGUGACAUCUAAUAUAUGGGGAACCAAGUUCAAAAUUGUUGGGCUUGCCACUUUCUUGCCAACAAAUCUUGGCGCAGUCAUCUACAAGACAAGCCUGCUUCAUCUUCAACCUCGUCAAAUGACCAUCUACCUGCCUGAGGUGAGAAAGAUCUCCAUGGACUACAUCAAUCUGCCAGUGUUCAGCCCCAACGUCUUCAGCGAGGAUGAGGAUGACCUCCCUGUUACCGGGCCCUCAGGAGUGGCUGACGACAACCCUCCUUGCACUGUUAAUAUCCCCAUUGCCCCCAUUCACAGCCCUGCUCAAGCCAUGUCUCCAACCCAAAGCAUUGGGCUGGUUCAGUCACUCUUAGCCAAUCAGAAUGUCCAGUUGGACAUCCUGACCAAUCCUAUGGCCACUGCAGCAGCAGUGGCGGCGGCAGCAGCAGCAUCUGAUCAAGGCCAGGAUUCUGUGCUGACGGCUCAGUACACUGUUCCCACCAGAUACUCCAGCCCUGGUCAGGUGAUCUUUGGGGGGCUGGAGGUCGGAAGGCUUCUGGUCGGUCCAGCGCUGUCUCAUCAGCAGCAGCAGCAACAACAACAACAGCAGCAACAACAACAACAGCAACAACAGCAGCAGCACCACCACCAGCUUCAACCGCAUCAAAUUCAACAACUUCAGCAGCUACAACAGCAACAACAACAGCUUCAACCGCAUCAAAUUCAACAACUUCAGCAGCUACAACAGCAACAACAACAGCAGCAACAACAGCAGCAGCAACAACAUCAACAAUUACAGCAGCAACUUCAGCAGCAACAGCAACACCAACAUCAGAUGCUUCAGCAUCAACAAAUGCAGCAGCAUCUCCAUCAAAUGCAACAACAGCAGCAAAUACAACAGCAACAACAGAUACAGCAAUUACAGCAGCUGCAACAGCAUCAACAACAACUACAACAGCAUCAACAGAUGCAGCAGCAACAACUGCAGCAACAUCAGCAGCAGAUUCAGCAGCAACAACUCCAGCAGCAGCUACAACAACAAAUGCAGCAACAGCAACUGCAACAGCAACAUCAACAGAUGCAGCAACAGCAGCAGCAGCAGCUACAACAACAGCAACAGAUUCAGCAGCAGCUACAACAGCAGCAGCAGCAGCAACACCAACAGAUGCAGCAACAGCAGCUUCAGCAACAACAACAGCAGCAGCUGCAGCAGCACCCCAUUCAGAUCCAGAUCCCACCUAACCCCCUACCUCAGGGCCAGUCUCCCGGUCCACUCCUUCAGCUCCAACAGGCGAUGCUACAGGUGCCUCACUCUCCCAGUGACCACGCGGCUGUCGAACGAGUGGAGCACGAGCACCUGUUGAAGAUCAAACCCACACGCUCCACUCCUCAGCUGGCUGAAGGUGAUGCUGUGGUCUUCAGUGCUCCCUUAGAGCUCAGCAAAAUGAACCCGCCUCCCCCUUACCCGGGGACGGUGGCGGCCGCAGUCGCGGCGGCUGCAGCUGCUGCCUCGGCCGCCUCGGCUGCCGGGUCGGCCGUCUCUGGCGGGGCAGGGGGGGUGAGUGGAACGCCGCCCCCAGUGGACUUGUGCCUGAAGAAAGGGGAGUUCACGCUGUACCCUCCCGGUGCCCAGGGGGUGCAGUACCCAACGCCGCUGGGCUACGAGAGGAUCACAACGUUUGACAGCAGUGGAAACGUAGAGGAGGUUUGCCGCCCGCGCACGCGGCUCGUGUGCAACCAAAAUGUUUACACUCUGCAGGGCCCAGGAAGCUCUGCCACCCUCAGGGUCACUUCUUCCUCCGCUACGGCCGCGUCCGCCGACAGCAAGAAAGUGCAACUCCCGUACGCAUCCGCCACCCUCAAUCGCCUCACUGUGCCCAGAUACUCCAUACCAAGCGGAGACCCACCCCCUUACCCAGAUCCAGCGAAUCAAACAAACUCAGGGCGGACCCCAGGCCAGAGGCUCGACAGCAGCCUCAUCCACGCCACCUUGCGGCGGAACAGCCGCGAGGCUGCACUGAAAGUGUCCCAGAUGUUGGAUCCUCAGCGCACUCUCCCCACCAAAGCAAAAGCUAGCAGCACACUCACAGCCACUUACCAGCAACGCGUACCCACGGCGCUUUACACGUGUAGCCAGUGCAGCAGUAACAACAACGUGAGUGGGGCCGCCGGUAGUAGCAACGGAAUUGCUGGCGGCACCAUCAUCCGACAGGACUUUCCGCCCACAGGAAGUGGUGCGCCACACAGCACCGUCAUAGUGCAUUCGAACAGCGCCUCGCCCCUCCCUUCUCAGUCGUCUUACAACCUGCUGAGUUUGGAUGGGAGUAGCAGCAGUGGUGGUGCGACGGGUGGCGGGAGUGGCGUUGGUCGAGACAGGGCGGACUACGUGAACACUGCCUUCACGGAGGACGAGGCACUGAGUCAGUCACUGAGGCACCUGGCGGUGGGUACCGAAGUGGGUACGCUGACUGUCAAACGCCCGCCCCCGUACCAGUGGGACCCGUCGGCCACCGAGGAGAUCUGGAUACCACAGGAGAGGACCACCACACUGGCUCCUUCGCCUGGCCCACCGGGCCCGCAUAAGCCACCUCCCCUCAUUCUCAGCCCUGCCCAACACCUUGACGUGUCUCGGGUGCCCUUCGUUCUCUCCCCUAAGUCUCCCACCUCCCCAAAUGCCGCCUCUUUCCAGUUGGCAGGGGGAUAUCCGAUCACUUUGCCCUACUCGACAGCUACAGGUUACAGUGGGGCUCAGCUUCAGGCCAUGCAGGCAUCCCCACGGCCUUGCUCCCCCAAAGAAGUGGUAGCCCCUGUGCCCUUUUCCCAGCAAGACCCACCACUGGUGUUGUCGCCAGGCUAUGCACAAAAUCUUGCCAGUCUGGCCUGCUGCCCGCUACCCCCGAUGUAUCCUAGCGCAAACUCUUGCGCAGGAGUCCCCAUGACCCCCAUUGCCUUGCACCCAUGGGGCACCUACAACCCGUGCCCACCCAUGUCGAGCCCAGCAGGGACCCUCCCUCCAAAAGCCUCUCAUAUGGUAAUGGAGAAGCAGGUUCUCUCCCCUCCUCCACCGCCACCCCCAUCCCAAACCGCGGACCUGCAAGGGCACCUCGGAUCCUCUGAGGCUUCUGCCGAGACUGGUGAAGGUUUCCAGGAGGUGCUGUCGCUCAACGAGAGCCCUGUGCCGCAGCGAGCCGACAAAUUCGGCAAGAAGAGUCGCAAGAGGCUGGACAACGGUCGCGCCGACGAGACGAACGUUCCGGCCAUCACAGAAGGCGGCAGCAAGUCCAAGAAAGAUGGAGGCCGGGCCCUCGGCGACUUCAACUCCCUCAUCUCGAGUCCCAGGCUGGGUGGGCGGGACAAAAAGAAGCCCAAGGGCCAAAAGGAGCAAUUGAAGGCGAAAAAGCUGAGCAAAGCCACCACGAACGAGUUCCAGGACAGCUCGGAGAGCGAACCAGAGCUCUUCAUUAGUGGCGACGAACUUCUGAACCAGAGCCAGAACAGCAAGAAGGGCUGGAAGACCAAGAGGAGCCUGAGGGCAGGGGCCUGCGAGCUGGAUGAGAUUAAGUGCCGCAAGGCCAACGAAAAGGAGGACCGCAGCCUGGGGAGCCAAGGCUUCGUCUAUGUUAUGGCCAACAAGCAGCCACUGUGGAACGAGGCCACACAGGUCUACCAGCUGGAUUUUGGCGGGAGAGUUACUCAGGAGUCGGCAAAGAACUUUCAGAUUGAGCUUGAGGGGAGACAGGUUAUGCAAUUUGGAAGGAUUGAUGGGAACGCUUACAUACUGGACUUUCAGUAUCCGUUCUCUGCUGUGCAAGCUUUUGCAGUGGCCCUGGCCAACGUCACCCAGAGACUGAAGUGAUCAGCUUGUCUCCCUCUCUCUGUGGUUUUAUAAGAAGAGUUUCUGUUGUGGGACAGUUCUUAACUUGAGUUGAGUUUGAUUAGCAAUCGGUUACAAUGUGUCCGAGGAAGCCCACCACAAAGAGCUCUGGAAAAGCCUCCACCAGAAUAGGGGAAGCUGAAAACGGCGCCCCCUGGAGGAAGAGAGUGGCUCUUCAGACUGGCAGGAGAUGUCUGCUCGUCUGGAGACAAGGAGCUCGGUGUUCUGCUGUUGUAAUACAAACCAACACUCCUGGUUUAUAGAGGCUAAGAGAAACGACACCCCUGUCCCCGAACAGACUGCCUUACAUGAACUUUACUCUCUUGAUGAAAUGGUCACAUCUCAGAGUUCUUUUUGUUUUGUGCUUGUGUCUGUCCAAUUUUAAAAGUAAGCAACAGUAAUACUUGAAACCUUUUUGCUUUCUGGAAAAUGGCCAUGAUUUUCCAGACUAUAGAGGUACUACUGGGCACUGAAAUCAAUUGCUGUAAGUUGUGUAAGUGAUAUUGUGUGUAAGGAACAGUACAUUUACACAAAAUAUCUACAUCUGUUGAACUCAGAGUAAGUGAGGGUUUGUCUCUUGAACUAAGUCAUAAAUCCCCUUUAGUCAUUUGAUUGGUUUUCCACUGGUGGCGCGUUUUGUGAUCGGUCAAAUGAAAGAUUAUCACUUGAUUUAAAAUGGGACUGAAUGAGCUAUGUAUGAAAUGUUCUGGUAUGUAUGGUUUGGUAAAGGCAAAAAAACUGCAGCAAUCACAUUUCAGGGUGAUUUUUGUUGUUUUUUUUUUUUGUUUCACACCAUAUCCUUUACAUAAUACUUGUUCAUUUGUGCCCCCGUCUAUGUUGGAUAAUAUUAUUUCUCCUAAUUAUUAUAACCUAUAUAACACUUUGUGUUCAUCACUAUCAGCAUUGUAAUUGUAUAUAUUUAUGUAGGUGUGUCAAACAAUGUUGUUGUACCUUGUUUACACCACCUUUGUAGAUGUUUUGUUUUGGGCAUCAGUUACUGAGACUGAAAAUGGCACACUAAAUCUGAGUAUUCAAAAUUCUCAAAAGUAAAAUAAAAAAUGGCGCGUUAUUAGCCAUGACCCAUCACUUCUAUGAAGUGAGUUGUGCAGGUAAAGCUAAUGCCUGGUUUAAGCAAGGUACAAUGGAUAUUUUUCUAUGUCUCAUAAAUGUCAUUUCAUGUGUGUUUUUUUUUUAAUUAUAACAAAUUUGUCAUAAACUUCAUGCAUUACAAUGUAGACCCCUCAUAGAAACAACAACAAGCUGUAUGUGUCCAACACCCUGAAAUAAGUGCUUCUUUGUGCAAGUACACUGACUGACAACUAGAGACAUAGUAGCCUUAUGUUCAGUGGAGGUGUUGAGUCAAGUGCAUGAAGCCUCUAUGAAGGAUCUUAUAAUCUGAUUGCAUAUUUGUUGAGUAAGUCAAGUGGACUGGCAUUGUGCUAUGAGAUGUGGUAGCCUGCUGGUUACUGCGAGCAGGUUUGAACUGACAUGGUGUGAUAACCAUGAAAGGUUUCAGUAUUAUGAGCAGGUGACCUGAUUGGCCUGCUUUUGCACAGUGGGUUUUCUGGUUUGUAUACCAUAACUCCACUGUGUGUGUGUGUGUGUUGUUUGUCUUUCUCUUUGUGUGUUUUUUUGUAUGGAUAUAAUUGUUGCCAUCCGCAUAUGAAGUCUAGAUUGCAAUAUAUGAUUCAGUUAUUAGUACAGUUAUUUUUACAUUUUUGCUCUUUAAUACCUCCAAACCUAAAAAAGUCUGUGUGCCAAAGCUUAAUGCUGUUAGAUGGGACCAGGUGACUGUUUCCUCUCUUUGUCGCUCUUGUACCGUUUUGCUCUUUUGGUCUAACCCCUCCUCUACUUUUCAAUCUCAUAGAGCAGUCAUUGAGUUAAAUGAUUCAGCUCUUACUUGUCUGUUAAUUAAACCACAAGAGCUUGUUUAAAUUUUCUUAAGGUAAUUCAUGCAUUCAUUAUGUGUAUGAAGGCAAUGAUGGUGUCAUAUAGAUGUAAUGCCAGGAAAAUGUGUCUUUGGUGUGCAUUAAAUGGAAGCAUGACUGUUUUGAGAAUGACAAAAAAAAUGUUAUGGAGUUGAGAAGCCAAAAUGGAACACGCUCAUAAAUUCUUUUGUGUUAUUUUUGUUUGUGCAAUAUUUUGAAAGAUCCCAUCUUUUAAUGUUAAUGUUUUCCUGAGAAACUUGCACACAUUUAUUGUAGUGCAGGGUGGGGGUAAAAUGAAAUGGCGUAUCAUGCAGUGCUGGUUUGUAAUUUUUUUUAAUUUAUACUAAGGACAUUUUACUCCCAUUGCUGUAUAUAAGUUAUGUAGAUGUUGCUGAGCAUUUCUUUGUAUUGAGAAGAUUUGUUACUGUCGUGUUUGUAAAGGGGGAUAGAGGUGCUGUGUUUCAGAAUGGCUGUGGGCUACAGAAGGGAAUGAGUUUGUAUAUGUUAAUAGAGUAUAGUCAAGUGCAGUAUAGGUCGCGUAUCAUGUCAGAUGUGUUUGUGUACAGUUGUGAAGUCAACCGAUUUCAACACAGAUGAAUCUGUUAAGUACAUGUACUUCUCAUUAUCUUCCCAUGCUAGAUAUGAGGUUUAUUUGUCAAUGAGAUGCACGUUUCUGUUUCUUUUUGUUUUCGCUCAUCUGUUCAUGCAAGGAGACAUCACAUUUUCCAUUCUGAUAUGGUGUAACACUCGGUCUUCUGUAUGUGCUAAUUCCAACACUUGAGGAGAAUGAUCUUAAACUCCUGAUGAAUGGUUGAGAUUAACUGGAUGGGAAGGUGUAGCAUUUUUGAAAAGUGUUUAACUGAACAGAUAUGCUUUGUACACAUAGUUGUAGGCAACGAUGAUAAAAAAAAAAAAUACUUGAAAAAAAUGGGAGACUAAUUUGGUGACUGAAUGUUUUGUGGAAGGUAGCAAGGCAUGCCAUGUAAAUUAUUUUACACUGUAUAUGUCACUCAUUUCAAAACUUUGUGCUGGUUUGGAAGAAAUAAAAUGGAUGGAUUGGC